AUGGCAUAUUACGCUAAAUAUACAAACACUUCCACCAUUUCGACUUUUCGAAACCUGACUCUUGUCAAUUCAAAUAAAAGUAAAACGGAAGACACGUCUCUUGUUCCUGUAGUGACUUCUUACAUCCAUACUAAACCUAAUAAGGUAGUUCGAACUGAUUUAUUGUUACCAAGUCCUCCAGACUUAAUUGAACAGCCAAAGCUUGUCCGUACGAGACCGAAUACUUUGAGUCGUGUUGAGAUGGUUUUUGGUUUCCUUACGCAGCAGCGAAAUCUACUGCUAUUCGUAUUGCAUUCGAUCAAAAGUCGCUUUGACGAGAAAGAAGUUUGGAUGCAUAAUUCCACGGUUCCAGAUGAUCAUCAUCAUCUUCGAAAAAAGAAUACCGGCAUCCUUGGGCGAUGCAAGGAAGGAUCUAAAUGUGCUUACAAACAUGAUGAGGCGAAAAUUCCAGUCUGCAAGGAUUGGUUAAAAGGCAGCACUUGUUCUCGUGGCAGUGAUUGCUAUUUUCAGCAUGUUGCUUCUCCGUAUGUGGUCCCGCAUUGCAAACAUUUCAAGCGAGGACCUUGCUACAAAGAUGGAUGUCGAUACACACAUGUUCAUGUUGCCAGGAACGCUAGUUUAUGUAGAAGCUUUAUUGAAGAAGGAUACUGCGAAAAAGGUAAUACUUGUAAAGAAAAACAUGAAUGGUUAUCCAAAGAGGAACUUGAGGAUGAAUUAAAAAAAGCUAAUAAACGUAGUUUGGAAGAAGAUAGUGAAGAAUCAACUCAAUCAACAAAGAAUAAAGCUGAGAAUAAGGAUCUUCGUUUGCUUGUUGUAUCAAACCGUCUUCCCAUUACAAUCACUAAAAAUGAAAAAGACUAUAGUUUUAAACUGUCCUCGGGUGGCCUUGUGAGUGCUCUGAGUGGCUUGAAAAAAAUGAUGACAUUUACUUGGAUUGGAUGGCCAGGUAUUAAUAUCCCCGAAGACGAAAGAGCUACUGUCACUGAUGAACUUGAGAAACAAUCAUGUCACCCGGUGUUCGUUGAAGACGAAUUGGCAGAUCGUCAUUAUAACGGGUUUUCAAAUUCAAUCUUAUGGCCAUUGUUCCAUUACCAUCCUGGUGAGAUCUCCUUUAAUCCGGAUGAUUGGACUGCGUAUCAACAAGUCAAUAAGUUGUUCGCAGAAGCAAUUGGUAAAAUUGUCAGAGAUAGAGAUUUGGUUUGGAUACAAGACUAUCAUCUAAUGUUAUUGCCGAGUUUGUUAAGAGAGAAGAUGGAAAAUACAAAGAAACAUGUAAAAAUUGGCUUUUUCUUGCACACGCCAUUUCCCAGUAGUGAAAUUUAUCGAAUCUUGCCCGUGCGUAAGGAAGUUCUCAUUGGAGUGCUUAAUUCUGAUCUGAUCGGUUUUCAUACCUACGAUUACGUCCGACACUUUCUAUCCUCGUGUACACGCAUUCUAGGCCUAUCAACUAUGCCUAAUGCCAUAGAUUAUGAGGGGAGACAUGUCCAUGUUGGUACAUUCCCCAUUGGAAUUGAUCCUGAGAAGUUUGUCGAAGGGUUGAAACAGCCUAAAGUGCAGGAACGUAUUAAGACUCUAGAGGAGAGGUUUAAGGGUAUUAAGAUAAUUGCGGGUGUCGAUAGAUUGGAUUACAUUAAGGGCGUUCCACAAAAGCUUCACGCGUUAGAAGUAUUUCUAAGCGAGAAUCCUGAAUGGAUUGGUAAGGUGGUGCUUGUUCAAGUCGCUGUUCCAUCCCGUCAGGAUGUGGAAGAAUACCAAAACUUGCGUGCUGUUGUCAAUGAAUUGGUUGGAAGGAUCAAUGGAAAAUUUGGCACAAUUGAAUUUAUGCCAAUUCAUUUCCUGCAUAAGUCCGUCACUUUUGAGGAAUUGACCGCAUUGUACGCCAUCUCGGAUGUUUGCUUGGUGUCUUCUACGCGCGAUGGUAUGAAUCUGGUGUCUUAUGAGUAUAUUUCUUGUCAGCAAGAAAGACAUGGUGUCUUGAUUCUGAGUGAAUUUGCCGGUGCUGCUCAGUCUUUGAAUGGCUCUAUUCUUGUCAACCCUUGGCACACUGCGGAACUUGCUAACGCCAUACGUGAAGCCGUUAACAUGCCCGACGACUUGCGCAAAAAAAAUUAUGAGAAAUUAUAUAGUUAUGUAACAAAAUUUUCAGCAGCGUAUUGGGGAAUGAGCUUCAUCGAUGAAUUGAGGCGUGUAAGUGAAUAUGUGCAAAUUCCACGUCUAUCCAUAGAAGAUACCAUAAAAGCGUGCAAAGCAUCCACCAAGAAAAAGGUGAUACUAUUGGAUUACGAUGGAACAUUAACCGCCAAUCACAAAUUACCAGAAUUUGCCAAACCAUCCGACACGAUUGUUUCAACCCUUAGAGCCCUACAAUCACGACCAAACACUUAUAUAUAUAUACUUUCUGGUCGUGGACGAAAACAUCUUGAUCAAUGGUUUGAAUCGACGGGAAUCGGUCUUUCUGCAGAACACGGUUGUUUUUACAAACACCCGGAAGUUCUGCAAAGUACGAUAGACCCGGUCGGUAAUUGUCAGUCGGAAGGAAAGACGGUUAAAGAAGAAAGUAAUGGUUGGUACAGAUUGGUAGAACAGGUUGAUCCUGCUUGGAAAGAAAAUAUUAGACCUUUGUUUCAACAUUACUUUGAGCGAACUCCGGGCUCGUUUAUUGAAGAGAAAGAAAUCAAUUUAACAUGGCAUUAUCGUAAUGCUGAUCCGGAAUUUGGAUCGUGGCAAGCUACAGAACUUCAGAUUAAUCUGGAAAAAUUAUUAAGUCACAUGGCUUUAUCGAUUGUCCUUGGUAACAAAACUCUCGAAAUUCGUCCCUCAGCGGUGGACAAAUCUACGGCCGUCCGCGUCAUAUUAAAAGAUCUACAACACAUGAAAGACAGCGUUAUGGACUUUAUACUUUGCGUCGGUGAUGGGAAUACGGACGAACCAGUUUUCUCGUUGCUCAAAGAAUUCUACCCGGACAGUAUUACUAGCACGGUUGGAAGAAAAAGAACCGAAGCUAAAUCUUAUAUUGAUAAUAUUAAAGAUGUGCAAAAGUUAUUGGAUACAUUGGCGCAAGAGAUCCCAGAAAAAUAA